AUGACGACACAAGAGACCCGAAACACCUUGAAAUUCACGCAGAUGUGCAAAUACUGGCAUUCCAAGCGUUGCCACAUGGGCAACGAGUGCAAUUUCGCACACUCGAGCGAAGAGCUGAGAUCGGCGCCACCUUUGCUUAAGACCAAACUGUGCUUUCAGUUCACUUCCAGGGGUCAGUGCCUGAAGGGUGCAGCAUGCAACUUCGCCCACGGAAAGGAAGAGCUUCAGUCAAUGCCAGUUGAAGCAAGAACUCCGGUGGGGCGACGCAAGGCUUGGAAGGCUGGCAUGGAAGCUGCUAUGAAGAUCAAGGUGCAAAGUCCAAGUGAUGCCAUCUCCCAGAUGCAGUUGCUUCAGAUGAAGAUGAACCAGCUGGAGUCCUUGAGCAUGCACUUGGCAGUCCUACAUCCCCCUCCUGGUUUGGAGGUCCCGCCCAUGGCUAGAUCCGUGGAUGGGUGUACGGUGUCCGCGGAUGGCGAUGUCAGGAGUGUGGCAUCGUCAUUUUCCAGCAGUUUCCCUGUAGAUGAGCCAGGAAGCGAAGGGGUCAGCCCACUUUCCCAGAGAAGUUAUGUAUUUUGGCUUUAA